GUGGUCUGUGACACUUUGGCAUAGACGGAGGCAGAGGAAGCAGCCAGCAUACAGGAACUAAUGCACCAUUGGUGGUUUUGAAAAAUGUAUUUUUUGGAACAUCUCUUUCUCCUUACAGCUGCUUUAUACUACACUGCUGGAUGUCCAGCCCCAGAGAGAAUAGAUAAUUUUUCCCUAAAUGGUGAAUUGAAAGACAAUUAUGCAGAAGGAGAAUCUGUAACUUAUUCUUGUUACCCUGGUUUUAGUCGUGUUGGACAAAUUAAACAGAUUUGCUCUGGAGGUAAAUGGGUGUUUACCAAUCCAAAGGGGCAGUGCAAAAGGAGAUCUUGCGGACAUCCUGGUGAUAUUCCUUUUGGAUCAUUUGAACUGAAAGAAGGAGAUUCAUUUGUGUUUGGAGCUGUUGUUGAAUACUCCUGUGAUGAAGGGUAUCAGUUGGUGAGCAAACAGAAUAAACGAGAAUGUACUGCGACUGGCUGGACCAAUUUCCCUCCUCACUGUGAAGUGCGGCGUUGCCCCCCAAUUUCAGCCAAGGACAAUGUGAAGGUGUUAUCCACUUCAUAUGAUGAUGAGUAUUCUGUUGGCCAAGUAGUUCGAUUUGAAUGCACGGACUCAAAGCUUAAGGUGGAUGGCCCUUCUGAGAUUUUCUGCACAGCAGGAGGAGAGUGGAAUUCAGCUCCACCAACAUGUGUCGAAAUAACCUGUGACCAGCCAAACAUACCAAAUGGAAGAGUGACCAGACAGACAAACCGUGAUUACAAAGAGAAUGACAAAAUAUAUUUUGAAUGUUACACUGGAUUCAGAGCAUCAAGAAAUGGAGAAAGUACUUGUUCUAAAAUGGGUUGGAGCCCUUCACCAUAUUGUGAAGAAAUUACCUGCAACCAGUAUCAACAAGUGGCCAAUGGUAGAUUGAUAUCUGAGAAGUCUGCCUACAAAGAAGGAGAUGAAAUUGCGCUGCAGUGUAAUGAAGGUUUUACAAUCCAGGUUGAACCAACUAAACCCCGUGUAUGCACAUCAAAUGGCUGGUCUCCACCUGCAGCCUGUAUCAGUAGAAGAUGUGAGGAGCCUGAAGUGAAGAAUGGAAAGCUCUCUAGAAGUUAUUAUUUUCCAAAACAGCCUGGGAGCUAUAUUUAUUAUAAAUGUAAUGAUGGUUUUAAGACACAAGGAAGAGAACAAGAGGAAUAUACUUAUUGUACUGCAACAGGAUGGGAUCCUGAACCGAAAUGUUUCAUGGAUGUUCCUGCUUGCAGUUUCCAGGUAUUCCAGCUCCUGUGA